CCUUGGGGUGCUGUUGAAGGUCGCAUGUGUCUGUUCUAGGAAUGGGUGAGCUCCUCGGGGCAGGACAAGCUAAUGGUUUCUUCUGGCGGAGCGGUGAGCACUCUCACGGCCCAGAGUUGUCCUGCGGCGGUCAGUGCGUGCCCCGAGCAGCGGAGCUCGCUCCAUCCCACAGAUGAGGAAACUGAAGCUCCCCUGACAAAAGUUUCAGGGCUGUGUGCUCCAGGCCUCAAUGAGGAGCCCCGACAUGGAGACCUUCAAGCAGCAGAAGGUGGAGGACUUUUACGACAUCGGAGAGGAGCUAGGGAGAUGAGAACACUGAGGCUCAGAGAGGUCAGAUCCUUGGGAUCAAGUCACCGUGGGAUAAAAAUCCAGUCUGUUUGAUUCCAAAGCCAGACCGCUUUCCACUGACCCACUGUUUCUCUGUGACAAUGGACUCGGAGAAACUCGCUGGAGAGAGAUGGUCCAGUUACCUGUGGGAAGCUCAUGGAUAACGAGGGUCAGCGGCCAGUUUGCCAUUGUGAAGAAGUGCCGGGAGAAGAGCACCGGGCUGGAGUACGCGGCCAAGUUCAUCAAGAAGCGGCAGAGCCGAGCCAGCCGGCGGGGCGUGUGCCGGGAGGAGAUCGAGCGGGAGGUGAGCAUCCUGCGGCAGGUGCUGCAUCCCAACAUCAUCACGCUGCACGACGUCUUCGAGAACCGCACCGACGUGGUGCUCAUCCUGGAGCUAGUGUCCGGAGGAGAGCUCUUUGACUUUCUGGCCCAGAAGGAGUCGCUGAGUGAGGAGGAGGCCACCAGCUUCAUUAAGCAGAUCCUGGACGGGGUGAACUACCUUCAUGCCAAGAAAAUUGCUCAUUUUGAUCUCAAGCCAGAAAACAUUAUGUUGUUAGACAAGAAUAUUCCCGUUCCACACAUCAAGCUAAUUGACUUUGGCCUGGCUCAUGAAAUAGAAGAUGGAGUUGAAUUCAAGAACAUUUUUGGCACACCAGAAUUUGUUGCUCCAGAAAUUGUGAACUAUGAGCCCCUGGGCCUGGAGGCUGACAUGUGGAGCAUAGGCGUCAUCACCUACAUCCUUCACGUGUUCUCCCUCUGUGUGCUCAGCCUAAGUGGAGCAUCCCCUUUCCUGGGAGACACGAAGCAGGAAACGCUGGCAAAUAUCACAGCUGUGAGUUACGACUUUGAUGAGGAAUUCUUCAGCCAGACCAGCGAGCUGGCCAAGGAUUUUAUUCGGAAGCUUCUGGUUAAAGAAACCCGGAAACGGCUCACAAUCCAAGAGGCUCUCAGACAUCCCUGGAUCACGUCCAAAGGAGAAGUCAGAGCCCCAGAGCAGCGGAAGACAGAGCCCACCCAGCUGAAGACCAAGCGCCUGAGAGAGUACACCAUUAAAUGUCACUCAAGCAUGCCUCCCAACAACACCUACGUCAACUUCGAGCGUUUUGCCCAUGUGAUGGAGGAUGUGGCUCGGGUAGACCAGGGAUGCCAUGCCCUGGCAGGGGCCCAUGACACCAUCCAGGACGAUGUGGAGGCCCUGGUCUCCAUCUUCAAUGAGAAGGAAGCUUGGUACCGAGAAGAGAGUGAGAGCGCCCGGCAUGACCUGUCUCAGCUCAGGUACGAGUUCCGCAAAGUGGAGUCCUUGAAGAAGCUCCUGCGAAAAGACAUCCAGACCACAGGGUCCAGCAUCGGAAGCAUGGCCAGGAAAUUGGACCACCUGCACCUGCAGUUUGAAGCUCUGAGGCAGGAGCUCUCAGCAGACCUACAAUGGAUCCAAGAACUGGUGGGCGGCUGCCAGCUGGAGAGUGGGCGCCCGGAUGGCCUGGCCUCUGUGUUCUGCCGGGACUCCAGGGAGCCGCUAGCGGAGCUGUGCGGCAGAUCAGGCCGCGAAGAAGUCUUGGCCGGCUUGAAGCUGUGAGCACCAGAAUCUAGUCAGUAAUGCCUCCUGGGUGGCUUGCAGAAGCAUGUUCCAACUGCCCUGCUGGGCAUCAGCUAGAAUUAUCCUGCAGGGAUGUAUGUCUGUAGCAUGGACUUCUACCCACUUCACAGAGAUACUAUCGAGUUACUCAUUCUGCACCUCCUCUCAAAAUCUGGGAUGGUGGCUGGCGGGGCAGCCAAGCUAUUAAAAUAAUUGAGAGUAAAUACCCUUCGAUGUAUCUUUCUCCAGAGGGAGGACAGCU